CUUUUUUUCCCCCCAGAGCUGCACACACCGUUAAACUUGGACUUGAACAUCUAGGAAUAACCGGGGGAAAAAAAACAAAAAGAACCCUCCGGUGCGUUAUCUCCUCCAAAAUGCUCCUGGUGAAGUUUACUUGUGCCAUCAUCACCAGAGCUUUAUUCAUCCUCGUCUCCCUCACCGGGGUCUGGAGGGUGACAUGGGUGAAGGGUGAUAAGUUCUACUGGCUGCUCACUUUCCUUUUUCUGCCGCUUGUCGUGGAAAUGAUCGUCACCCUGAAGCGGAGAAAAGGCAAAGAUUACAAAUGGUUUUCUCCUCCAAUCUUUCUGUUUCUUAUUAGUAUCAUUCCCUCCAUCUGGCUCCUGGAACUUCACCAUCAGCUCAACAAAGCCAGUGAUCCUGAGUGUAAGAGUCUUGACUCAUGGAAGAAUGUUCGUGAAGUGAUCGAACUGAAUAAAACCUUGGGGAACCUCACGCAUGACGCCCUGUUCUACCUGAAGAAUAUUGACCAAGCGUUUUCAUCUGUCUGCCUCAAUGACUGGAUCCUGGCUCUCCAUCAGAUCCUGCUCAUCCUCCUUAUCGUAGGGAAGUGGCUCCUCCCAUUAGGAGGCGGGGUCACGCGGGAUGAGUUGUCGCAGCUCCUCCUCAUAUUUGUUGGCACAGCGGCAGACAUCCUUGAAUUUACUAGUGAAACACUGUCAGAUGUCAAAGAAAACAGUCCUCAGCUGGUCUACAUAAUCCUUGCUGUAUGGACCUGGAGCAUGUUGCAGUUUCCUCUCCAUCUGUCCGUGGUGAACUCAAAGCCAGACACUGACGGCGAGGAGGGGGUCCAGGAGGUCUCCCUCUUGACUAAACACAGCACAGACAUAUGGAACAUUGUGGAGGCCCUUUUCAUUCACGACGGGCCGUUCCUCGUGGUCAGGCUCACUGUCAUGACCUACUUUGACGUCUUCCACCAGAUGUUAGUUUUCUUCGCCAUUAAGAACUUCUUGGUUGUCAUACUGAACCUGUACAGGUUGGUGGUCAUAUGUCAGGACUUCAGACCCUCCAGCAGGAGCAUUAGUGAGGGCACUGCUGUACCAUGAUGAACCUGUGGAACAUCAGAACUUAGUGGUGCAUCCAAAGACGUGUUGGUUGUAAAAACAGCAGGAAGCGAAAGACACGCUUACUGCUCCCAUCUUACUGUAUCUAACUCUGUGAAAUCAAUGUGUUGCGAGUAAAUAAUGCAGUCAGGAGAGGGAAACUGCAAGCAAACAUUUUCUUACACUUUGAAGGAGACGAGGUUGCAGAGUUCACAUUCCACGCUUCACUGCUUAGCAUCUGACUCGUUUCAGAGCUCAUACUGUACCCUCAAUGCCACCGGAGUCAAUCUGAAUCUAACCUGAUGAACUCUGUAACAAAACUAGAAGAAAACUACAGCCUGUACCAUUAAAGCAGCAACAAUAUGUGAUUCGAAAGUCAUUUAACGAGGUUAGAGGUUUAUAUAAACCUUGGUUAAAUGUAUUAAACUCUAGCUUUUCAGAUUUUAAUAUACUAUAUAACAUCCAACAUUUUUACCUUGUUUUUCUGUUAUCUUGAGUUGCUUUUUUCUGUCUCACCAAACUCCAUCCAUCACCAGGAGUCACAACAGGUCACAUCCAGAAUAAUUCAACAAUUGUGCGGUCUCCUGCUGUUUAUAUCUGUGUACUGUUUUUCCUCCACAGAUAAAUGUGACAUCUUAAAAUUUGUCCUAGGGAAAAACAGACAUAUAGAGGAUGUUUUCCUUUAGGUCUUGUCUGAUUUUUUUUUUUUUUUUUCAUUUUCCCAUGAUGACAAGCAAAAGGACACUGGGUCUGAAGGGACUCCUGAGAGUUCCACCCCCAGUUCACUCCCAAAGUCUAAACUAUCUCAUAAGUUUCUCAGAUCAUCAAUUUAUGGAAGCUUCCAGGCUGUUUAAAGCUUAUAAAUGUACAUUUUCUGUGAAUAGAACUGAACAAAACACAAACGAAAUCCUCAGAGCUAUGAAAAGUUGACUGCAUUUAGCCAAGUAAAAACUAAAACUUGUAAAUUUGGCCAAAUAUGACACUUACUUUUAUCUAUUUAUAUUGGUAGCAUGGAGAUAUUUCCUUUUGUGGCAUCAAACACAAUGUACAGGCAUUACAAACCAAAGACCUGGUCAAAAGUUUUAAAUUUGGCCUGAUACCUCACUAUAAUUAUUCCAUACAUUUCUGUGCAUUUCCAGAUUUGACAUGGAAAAGUCAACAAUCAACAAAAGCCCCUUUCUCAUGGGAUUAAUAUAACCUUUGAACCUCCAGUGAUUUGGAAAUCAACCCCCAUGUUUGUGUUUCAUGUGACAUUCGCUCAAAAUAAGCCAUGUCUGUUUGUUUACUGACAUUGUCCACUCUUCUGAUGUCGAGAGCAGCUUCACCGCUUAGAGAACUGUUGAAAAGUGUCGUGCAUGUCAUCCAUUUCAUCAUCUUCUGAGAUGUUGUUUUUGUGAAGGAUUCAAGUUCGCUCCUUCAGUGACUAGCCAUGGUGUAUCGUGACAUGAGCCUCCUGACUUUCCACCCUCAACAGUUUUCAACCUUUCAUUUGUCAUCACUAGACAGUCUUUAUAGUUUAUCAACAGGGGAAAUAGCUGUAGAAAUGUGUGAAGGAACAAAAAAUGUUACUCCAAAUGACACUAUAUCACAGAGAUGUCGAUUCCAUAGGAUUAAUAUUGUCUCAACAAUAGGGUCAAAACUUGUAACACUUGUACCUGGUAACAUUAAUCCUAUGUGAAUAUUGUUGAAAUAAUCUAUGUGUAAACCAAGGUUAUUAUCGUUAACAAAAACUAACAAAAUGACGAAAACUAGAAUUAAAAAAACAUUUUCGUCAACGGAAA